AUAGCUACUUAUAUAAUUGUACAUAUUUAAACGAUAUUGAGAGUAACGAUCACCGAAAUAUUGGAAGAUAUAGGGAGUCUCGGUAUUAUUGGAUGGUUUGUGGCUGAAUUUACCACUGACAACAUUAAAGUAAAUUAAUUUAACUCAUUUUUUUUUUAUAGGUCCUUAAAACCUUUAAAAUGUCGUUCAUCGAGAUCGCGUUUCAAGCAGAAGUGAGUCGGUUCGAAGAUUCGGAGUUUGAGGAGCACGCGAAAAGGCAUUGCAAUGAAGAUCCCGAUACUAGGGGUAAAGCGAUCGAAGAGUUGCGACGGAUGAUCCGAGAUCGAGGUGAAUGUCAUCCGCGACGAAUGGACGACGCUUAUUUACUGCGGUUUCUGAGGUGUCGCAGAUUCAUACCCGCACUGGCACACAAAUUGAUGGUGCGUUACGAAGACUUUCAGCGGCACAACGCUUAUUUAUACGACUGUGAGGCGUUCGACCUUACGAGGGUGAAGCACGUGUACGCCGGGGUUCUGCCGGAGAGCCCUGACAAUGGACGCAUCAUUCUCAUGAGGUUUGGUCGUUGGGACACAAACGCGGUGGAUGUUGUCGACGUGGUUCGUUGCGCUUUGCUGAUGGAUGAGAUAGCGGUGAUGCAGCCGAAGAUACAGAUCUUAGGAGUCACUAUUAUAGUGGACCUCGAAGGACUGAGCCUAAGGCAUGUUGCGCAACUCACCCCUACCGUAGCUAGUCAGAUCGUCAGCCUUAUGGGGGUAUCGUUUCCAUUACCAAACCACAGUCUACACAUCAUAAAAUACAACUGGAUCCUUCACUCCAUCUUUUACGUAUUUAAGCAGUUCAUCCCGCAGGCCGCUUGGAACCGACUUUAUUUCCAUGGCAACGACAUGAGCUCCCUCCACAAACACAUAGACCCACAGUACCUGCCGCCCGAGUACGGCGGCAGUUGUCGCUACGUAAUAUCAACGGAAAAAUGGAUCUCCAAAAUAAACGAGUACAAAGACGAUUUUGUUGUUAAAGAAUUAAGAGAAUUAGGUUAUACUGUUAGAACAUAAAUGGAAAUAAAAGGCUGAAAUUAA